UUGCAACGAUGAACGAAGCGUUUUCUAAACUGCCUCAGAAAGUCAUUUGGAGAUUGAACAAAGAGAAAUUUGAAGGAAAACUUGCUUCAAACACGAAAACAUCUCGCUGGCUACCGCAGAACGAUAUUCUUGGUCAUCCAAAAACCAAACUGUUCAUAACACAUGCUGGAGCCAGUGGGCUCGCCGAGGCGGUGUACCACGGUGUUCCAAUGAUCUGCUCACCUUUCUUUGGAGAUCAGUUUGAUAAUGCACGCAGUGUGGAGUACAUUGGUCUUGGUGAGAUGCUUAGCGUCAAGACGACAACUGCUGACCAACUUGUUGAGAUGAUAAACAAAGUACUGACCAAGAAAAGGUAUAAAGAAAAGGCUGGUUAUGUCUCUAGAGUAGUGAAAAUGCGUCCAAGGACCGCACUGGAAGAAGCAGCAGAGCUUAUAGAAUACCUCCAUGCCGUUGGUAACCUGGCUCAUCUCAAACCAAAGGGCCUGGAACUACCUUUCUAUCAGCUAUACAUGCUAGAUGUAUUGUUGGUUCUUGGAAUAGUAUUUCUAUUGGUCUUGUUUAUAGUUGUAUUUGUGAUAAAACGAGUAAUUAAUUUUUGCUGUUGUCGUCAAAAGAAACGAGUGAUUAACCUUUGCUGUGGCGCUCCAAAGAAAACCAAAACGUCUUAAUAACCAGAUUAUUCCUUGUUGUGUAAUCAUGAAAAGAAAAAAAGCAAUCAAYAUACAGCAAAAGAUUGUGUGAUAUGURAUGAACCCUGAAGGAMCCUGAAAAACCCUGAAGGAACCUGAGGGACCCUGUGAGUCAGAAAAUUUGGAAACCGCUGUCAAAAAUUGGUCGUAUUAAGGGUGGCUUGCCAACCCCUGUUUAGGGUUCAAAAAUCCAGAAAUAAAAGAGGAAUUAAAUGUGAAUGGGACUCAUUCUGAAUAACAGACUAGCGUUCAUUUGAAAGAAAUCUCAUUUUCGCGGCCUUAAAAUCUAUCUAUUUUAUAAUUUUUCUUKAGUUACUAGCCCCCCACCCCAACCCAGUGAAUGAUUUUACCAACAACAUUUAGAGACAUUCUUUGUUUUGAGAAUACUAUUAGGAUAUAUCACAGAUUCUAUUAAUUAAUAAUUAAAAUGAUUAACAGUU